AUGGUCUUGGUCACGGUUUUGACCUUCAGAAUCGCUCAAGCCACGUCUCGUACUGUCACCUUCCACGGGCCGUCGCUGGUUGAUAAACAUGAGCACUGGAUGGCCCGAUUUUCUCGCGUAUACCGUGAUGAGCACGAGAAACAGAUGAGACGCGAUGUGUUCAAAAAGAACUUGAAGUUCAUUGAGAACUUCAACAAAAAAGGGAACAAAAGCUACAAGCUUGGUGUCAAUAAAUUCGCUGAUUGGACCGACGAGGAGUUCCUAGCAGCACACACCGGACUAAAGCAUACGACCAGAACUUUUCCAUCAAAGGUGGUCGAGAAAACGUCGUCUAUGCUUUGGAACGUUAGUGACGUGGUAAGCGAGAGCAAGGACUGGAGAAACGAAGGAGCUGUCACUCCUGUCAAAUACCAAGGCCUAUGCGGAUGUUGCUGGGCGUUUUCAGCUGUAGCAGCAGUGGAAGGUGUAACUAAGAUCACCCGCGGGAACCUCGUGUCUCUUUCCGAACAACAGCUUCUAGACUGCGACAGAGAGUACGACCGAGGCUGCAACGGUGGAAUCAUGUCGGAUGCUUUCGACUAUAUUGUCCAAAACCAAGGCAUCGCUUCGGAGAACGAGUACUCUUACCAAGGAUCGGACGGGAGAUGCCGGUCCAAUGCAAGACCCGCUGCGCGGAUCAGCGGAUUCGAAUCAGUCCCUAGCAACAACGAGCGUGCCUUGCUCCAAGCCGUAUCGAGGCAACCCGUCUCUGUGUCGAUGGACGCGAGUGGGGACGGGUUCAUGCAUUACUCGGGUGGACUAUACGACGAGCCAAAUUGUGGGACCAGCUCGAACCACGCGGUUACGUUUGUUGGGUAUGGGACGAGCCAGGACGGGACCAAGUACUGGCUGGCUAAGAAUUCUUGGGGUGAGUCUUGGGGAGAAAAUGGUUACAUUAGGAUCCGAAGAGAUGUGGCUUGGCCUCAAGGCAUGUGUGGUGUAGCCCAGUAUGCUUAUUAUCCGGUUGCGUAA